CGGCGUUUGUCGGUUGCCGUUAGAGGACAAUGAAGUUGAGGACGGGAAUAUGGUACGAUUGAUGUACAUACGGGAACGCCAUCAGCUUUCUAUCGUUCUCGUUCUCGUCCGUCUCACAACCGUGCCGGGCUAGCUAGCCACUUUGAUGGAAAUGGGCUGGAGGUUGGUACGGCAUGAAAGGUAGUUGGCUGACUCUCCUUACAUGUGCCGACGAACCCCCGUCCAGUAUUAGCAAGAAUCAGCAUCAUGCGGUUUCAGCUCCUUGACCUUGGAGGACUGCAUUUGAUAGAACUUUUCUGGUUGCCUCCGGCUUUUGUUUUUUGUUAAAGGCAAACAGAAUCCAUCUUUAUGAAAAGUGUUCACCUCCGUCCUCUUCUUCAUCUGAAACCCACCGGCGGGGUUACCUCAGAACCUGUCCAGCAUAGACGACAGAUACACAUUUGACCUGACCCAGCGCGACUCGACCGCCUGAAACGUACCUGGACUUUUUCCCCUUUCCCUUCUUUUCGACUGAAAUCCAACCAAAAAUCAUCGUAUAGUCAGUAAAAGCACUUGUCGACCAUACGAAGCCAAGAUGGCGACCUUCAAACCUUAUCCAUUCGUCCUUGGGUUCCUCGUUAUCUACCUGUUCGCCAGCCCCGCCUUGGCCUUUGGUGCCGGUAACAUUGCUGGUAUCUCCAAGAUCGAGGGUCAAAACUGGCGCCACGGUGAUAUUGAAGAUGCCCUCCUCAAAAUCGUCAUGGCCCGCGCCAUGGGCGGCAAGACUUUCGACAAGCUCUCCGUUUCUCGCGUCUACUUUGGCAACUGGCUCCGCGACUAUUCUCAGGCCAUCGAUGUCGGCACCGUCAAGGCUGUUUCCGCCGAAGCCAUCCGACUGCUUCUCUGCGUUCUCGGUUUCUUGACCUUCGGUUAUGGUAGCCGCGAGUUCGAAGUCACCGCCGACCGCCUGGGCUGCUAUCGCCCCGAGGAUCAUAUCGACAACCCCAAGAACUAUGCCGACAACGUAGAUGCUCGUGACUACGAUCCCCGCCUUCGCGGCCCCGUCGACGAGGAAACUGAGCUGGCCAUUGACCCCGAGACCGGCAUGAAGAACUACAUUGCCAAUGAGAACAUUGGCAUCAUGUCCUCUGCCGAGCAUGUUCGCAAGCUCUUCUCCAAGUGCAUUCGCCUGGGUCGCUCAUACAAGGAGACCAAUGACAAGACCGAGCUCUAUGAAGCCUUGCGCCUUAUGGGUACUGGAUUGCACUGCUUGGAGGAUUACCUCGCUCACAGUAACUACACCGAGCUCGCUCUCAUUGAAAUGGGGGAGCGCGAUGUGUUCCCUCACGUCGGCCGCGACACUAAGCUGCGCAUCCCGGGCGCUCGCCACUCUGUUUACCCUGUUGUCACUGGUACUUUCGGUGGUGUUGACUUUUUGCACUCCGUGACUGGUGAACUGUCCGACAAGGUGACCCAGAGCGAAAUCGAAGAUCUCGAGGGAACCCUGAAGGCCGGCCGCAACGGCGACACCAGCCUUCUUCGUGACCUGUUGGACAUGAUCCCCAAUGGCUUGAUCGGCGGCGACAAGAAGAACAAGAUUGACGAAAUCCAGGAAAAUGCCGCCAACUCGCAGCUUGAGAACAUGAGCGUGUCCCCCAGAGAGCCUGAGGAGUUCACUGUUUAUGUCCAGCAGGUCUACCGCCAGGUUAUGCCUGUCAUCGAGUUCCACGACGAUCUCCUCCAGACCAUCUCGAAGGCCAUUGAGAAGAUACCCGUCCUCCCCAAGAUCAUUGAGCAGCUUGAGGAGCAGCUUUCUCUUUUCGUUUUCCAGAUCAUUGCUCCGGUUAUCAUUCCUCUUAUUGACCAGGUCAAGAACGAGCUUGCCACUGGCUCCACCGAGAUUAUCAACAGCAGCAAGAACGAGCAACUCGUUGUUUUCGAUGAUGACAGCUGCACGGACCCUACCCACUCCAUGUUGGCCAAGGACCAUUUCUCCAACAUCCUCAACGAAGUUGCCGGUCGCACCGCCUCCAAGGUAGUCAGCUGGGUUGUGCCUCAGCUGAUGGACGCCUGGGACGACGAUGGCGCUAAUGUCGACCGACUUCUGAACAGAAUCAUUUACGGCAUUCUUCAUCACCCUGCCCAGCGUGACAUGGGCGAGGAUGGUGCCCAGGAAGGUCGCCAGAUGAUGUUCUCCUCCGUCGAGGAGUGGUGGAAUGACCUGGGCGAGGACGCUCGUGAGGAGUACCGCCAGAAGCUCAGCCGCAAUGGCGUGCUGAACGGCGAGAAUCACAAGGAAGGCGUCCAGGACUGCGGUCACGGCUGCGGCAAGCCCCUGGGCAUGCACAAGAACUUCAAGAACGAGGCGCCUGAGACCAUGGAGGAUCGGAUCGCCGCCGCCGCCGCCAACCAAAUCAUGGGCGGCGUCAAGCAGGGCUUCUCAGAGUUCCUUAGCGGCCAGGCCAACAACAACCAGGGCAAUCUCCUCGGCGCGGUCGCCGGCGGCAUCCUAGGCGGUGGUUUCAAUAACGAGGCGACCAGCGCUUAUCGUUCCAGCGGCUACACGCCCGACGGCGGAUACUCGGAGACCACGACCGAGUACGGUUACGAUGGCAACCGCUAUGGCCAAGCCGAGUACACCGAGACGCGGUACGAUGACGGUAGCCAGCGCCAGGAGUAUCGUCGCUAUGAGCAGGACGACAAUGGCGGCAACGACUACGGCUACGAGGACCGCCGAUAUCGCCGUGAUGAUGACGAGGAGUACCGCGAGGAGCGCAGGUACCGUCGCGAUGACGAGGAGGAGUAUGGUGGCGGAGGCGGAUACUCCCGUCGCCACGAGGACGAGGAUCUGGCGUACCCCGAUCCGGAGCGUCCCUCGAGCCCCAGUCUCCUGGAUAGGAUUGCCCAGCGGGCUAAGGACGCCUUCGAGGAGAGAAGGAGGGAGUACGAGAGCGGAGAGCGUGAGCGUCGUUGGCCAUUCUAGGGGAAGUAGGCAUACGUAUCGUGGAACUAGCGCCCGCUGGAUAGGGAGGAUUUGGGAACUCAUAAUGACGAUGAUUGACCAAGAGAGUCAAGUCAUUUGGAGAUGUUUCACACUUUGAGGGAGGGAGGAAGGAAGAGUGAGGAUGAGGCUAUGAUACUGGCAAUGCGAAGCUAUCGAAGUUACGAGCUAUGAUGAUAACCAAUUUGAGAUUCCCCUUGUACCCUACUGCUUCAUGGUGAAUGAGCCGUAGCUCUCCGGCUGAGGUAUGCGCUGCUCUUGCAUCGAUCUGAUGCGAUGAGUGUAUCGCGGGCUUACGUUGAGGCACAUAUUCUCUCUUCGACUGGCUUGUCUAUUAGUUUGCAGUGAAAUGCACUCUGGCGUUAAUUUGCGGUGCUUCUUGUCUUCCUCAACUUCGUUGCUGUUGAUGUCCCU